AUGGGAAGUGCUUUUGGAUCAAUUUUUGGUAGAAAACGUUAUCGAAUAUUAAUGCUCGGACUUGAUAAUGCAGGAAAAACAUCAAUUCUUUCUCGUCUUCAUCUAAACGAAAUGCGUUCAACAGUGCCAACGAUUGGAUUUACUGUUGAAUCAGUUACUUUAGAUCAUGUUCAAUUUACUGUCUGGGAUGUUGGAGGGCAAGAUAAAAUCCGUCCAUUAUGGCGUCACUAUUAUACUGGAUCUCAAGGUCUCAUAUUUGUUGUUGACUCAUCUGAUUAUGAACGACUCGAUGAAGCACGCCGCGAAUUAGAAAGAGUCUUAAUUGAUCGUGAAAUGCGGAACGUCAGCGUACUUGUACUAUGCAACAAACAAGAUAUGCCGAAUAGUAUACAACCAGAUGAAAUUCGACAAGCAUUACAUUUAGACAAUUUAACUCGUCCAUAUGCCAUAGUGCCUUGUUCAGCGCUGAAUGGAACUGGUUUAGACGAAGGUCUUAAAUGGUUAUCUAAACAUUGUAAAUAA